AUGGGAUAUGUCGUUGUAUUAAAGGAUUUGGAGGAAAUCCGCUAUUCGGUUGUGAAGGCAAAUAUCGAUGAGUGUUUAACAAAUAACCCAUGUCCAAAGGAUAAGGAUACCUGGUGAUUGGAAAUCACAUCUGGACGUGGAGGUAUGCGAUUAACGGGCGGAGGCAUUAAUCGCGAAGCUUUCUUAGCUUCAUCCCUUAAUGAGAGUUUCUCUGGAGAGACAUUGUCACAAAGCAUUCAUGAGAGUGAGAGCGUUCAGGUUCGAAACUUCUCCGCUGGAGAGAUUCUUGUAGUAAAGAAUAAGGUGAAAACCGAUGUUUUUGAGAUGAAACCAAAAGAGGGCGAGUUUGGCUUAGAGAUUGUUGCUGAUAAAGAUGGCAAAUUUGGCGGUAAGCCCUCUUUAAUCACCUGA